GAAGUUGUGGAAAUGAUUAGUAACGAAGAAUGGUAUAACCAAUGGGAUUCCCGGUGGUGUUCAGUAGGUUUUGCAGCCCGUGUGACAUCAAGGAGCUGUUUUGCACCGCUCUGGGCCUACCAAGGAACACUGGCCUGUCUCUGCUGGACUCUACUGGAGCCAUGGUGUCCAUCGACCCCACCAUGCCCCACAACACAGAAAGGUCACCAUACCGAGUGGUGCCUCUGACGGGAGGACAGCUUGCUGAUAAAGAGGAACUCUUUCAGAAUGUACUGACUCAGGUGGCAGAGCAGUUUUCCAGGGCGUUCAAGAUCAACGAGCUGAAGACCGAGGUAACCAACCGCCUAGCCAUGUUGGAGAAGAGAGUGGAGCUGGAAGGGAUGAAGGUGGUGGAGAUAGAGAAGUGUCGCAGCGACAUUAAGAAGCUCCGCGAGGAGAUGGCUUCCAGGAACAAUAGCAGCUUCCUGGAUGACAACAAGAAGCUGACUCCUCGUAGAGAUGUACCCUCCUACCCCAAGUACCAUUUGUCUAAGGAGACAGUAGAGGCUCUCAGACAGCCCACUUUCGAUGCAUGGCAGUGGGAGCCCAAUGAGAUGCUGAGCUGUCUGGAACACAUGUAUCAUGACCUGGGGCUGGUCAAAGACUUCAACAUCAACCCUAUCACACUCAAGAGAUGGCUGCUGUGUAUCCAUGACAACUACAGAAAUAACCCCUUCCAUAACUUCCGUCACUGCUUCUGCGUCACCCAGAUGAUGUACAGCAUGAUCUGCCUCUGCAGCCUACAGGAGAAGUUUACUCAGGUGGACAUUUUGAUUCUAAUGACAGCUGCUGUGUGUCAUGACCUGGAUCACCCCGGAUACAACAAUAUGUACCAGAUUAAUGCCAGGACAGAAUUAGCAGUGCGCUACAAUGACAUCUCUCCCCUGGAAAACCACCACUGUGCCGUGGCAUUCCAGAUCUUCUCACAACCUGACUGCAACAUCUUCUCCAACUUCGAUCCCGAAGCUUUCAAACAGAUUCGUCAGGGAACCAUCACGCUGAUCCUGGCCACAGACAUGGCGCGGCAUGGCGAGAUACUGGACUCCUUCAAACAGAAAGUCGACAGCUUUGACUACACAGAUGAGGAGCAUGUCACCUGUCUGAAAAUGGUGCUCAUUAAGUGCUGUGACAUCUCCAACGAGGUGCGGCCCAUGGAGGUGGCUGAGCCCUGGGUGGACUGCCUGCUGGAAGAGUAUUUCAUGCAGAGCGACAGAGAGAAGGCUGAGGGUCUGCCUGUGGCUCCGUUCAUGGACAGGGAGAAGGUCACAAAGCCGACGGCUCAGAUCGGCUUCAUCAAGUUCGUCCUAAUCCCCAUGUUUGAGACAGUUAUGAAGCUGUUUCCUCAAAUUGAGGAGAUGAUGGUUCAACCACUGAGAGAUUCGAGAGACAGAUAUGAGGAACUCAAACAGAUUGACGAUGCUAUGAAUGAGGUACAGAAGAAGAAAAGUGAGAACCUAACUAUGGGAGGGAAGAAGAAGUAAAAGGCAGCUUCAGCGAGCGACUGUGAGAGGAGAGCACGAGUGUGAAGCAGUGUGUCGAGCACAAAGCCAAAGUUUGUCAGAUGCACCCUGGCCCCAUUACCGAGCGGAGCAUUUUCCAGUGCUUUUUCUGCUCUCAUCAUUGAGACUCUCAGGAGUGCAGGACCGAUUACAAGUGGGCAUUUGGGAAGAUCUGGUAGGGUCUGCGUAUGCCAGGGACGAUCAGUCCAACACCGAAAAGAGUGAUUGAGUGGAUUUUGAAUAGUGGUUCACAGUCAUCAGCAUCAACUACUGAUAAGACUCGACUCGAGGACCAGAUGGACUAUUCAAAGUCUUUUCUUCAGGGAAUGUCAGCACUUGUACAGCACAGACUACUGCAGUGAACAAUAUUUAGACAUAUCUCUUACGUUUGGUUUUUUUAAAUGUUUUUUACAGAUUGUACAGAUUUUUAGUCACCGUUGUUCUUUCCUACAAAAAAAAAUAAAAGGUUUACUUAGA